GAUGUAACAAGACAAUAAAACACAGAACCUGGGCAGUUUUGAGCAAGCCACAGGCUGUGCGGGUGUCAGGAGUGGGCCAGCAACACGGCUCAGCAGCCAUGGGGGAGCCUGGAUCAAUCAUGAAGACAAACCAGCCUUCUCUGGGAAAGCUCCAGAGAAACAUGAUGCCCAAGACUUUAGCGAAGAAGAGACAACUGGUUUCAGCCAUGAGCAAGCGGAGACGUCGGGAACGGACUGAACAUCCAAUGAGGCUGACCAGCUGCAUUUUUAAAAGUGCAGUCACCAAGGUGACUGCCCAUCAUGACAGUGUUGUCAGGCCAAGGCAGCAGGAGGAGACCUUGGAGAAGCCCCAGCAGAUGAGCGCCUACAGGAGACUGCAGGGGCUCCCGGUCUGCAGCAGUGACGGGGAACUUCUAAAUACUUUGGGUGUGACAAAUGUGAGGAGAAUAACUGCACCAGGAAGUGCGGGUGAAUCCCUGGGCCGUGCUGGUCCUGGGUCUCUGCACACCAGCUCCCAGCCCAGUGCAGCACUUGUAGAGAUGAUCCCAGGAGCAGGUCUCUGGGGCCCACAGCUUCUGUGCAGGCAACUGGUCACCCGUGGAGACAUCCAGAGACAGAAUCUCAGAGUGAGGAAAGCAAGAGAAAGACUGGCUGUGGCUUUGAGGGAAGACAGGCUGGCCAGGGAGGCAGAGAGCCAGGAGUGA